AUGUCAGAUAAGAGUAUAACUGUUGAACCUUCUGUAUUUGUUCAGCGAAAGCUUGGAAGUUUUGAUAAGCUCUGUGAAGAAUACGACAUUCUAAAUAAGAAGCUUGGUGAAGGAUUUUUUGGAAGCGUUGAAGUAGUUUAGCUAAAGGGUACAAAAUAGAAUAGAGCAAUGAAAAAAGUUGAUAAGCAUAUGCUGGAUAGUAAAAUGUAAAGGGAAGAAUUUAUAUAAGAAAUAGACAUUUUAAAAACAUUGGAUCACCCAAAUAUCUUGAAAAUCUAUGAAUUUUAUGAAGAUAAUAGAUAUUUGUAUAUAAUCACUGAGUUAUGUAAUGGUAGAGAAUUAUUUGAUGUAAUUGUUGAAGAUGAUACCUGUUUUACUGAAUAGUAAACUAUGAAAAUUAUGCAGUAAUCUCUCUCUGCUCUAUAGUAUGCGCAUUCUAAAUGCUAUGCACAUAGAGACAUCAAGCCAGAGAACAUAAUGAUAGAUAUUGAGACUUAAAAAAUUAAGAUAAUUGAUUGGGGUACAAGUAAAAAAAUAAUGAAUACAUAACUAAAAAAGCAAAAAUACAAUUAUAAUAUUAAUUUAAUUUAUCUGACCUUUUUUGAUUAAUUAUCUGAGGCAAUCUUAAUUAAUGAAUUCUUCUUUCUUUUUAUUUAUGAAAAUCCGAAUUUAAAUUCAUCAUAUUAAAUUAAAGGUACUAGUUUUAAUGGAGAGAAGAUCAAAUAAUUAGUAGGAAGUGCUUAUUAUAUUGCUCCUGAAAUCCUAAAAAGAAAGGGAUAUGAUGAAAAGGUUGAUAUCUGGUCAUUAGGUAUUGUUUUUUAUUUGUUGAUUACAGGAACCACUCCUUAUAAUGCGGAGACAACAACAGAAAUUUUUGAAGAAAUCAAAAAAUAUAAACUAAGCUUUGAAGAUCCUUUAUGGGAAAAAUUUUCAACCGAGUGUAAAGAUUUAUUGUCUAAGAUGUUAAAUCCUUAGCCUAAUAAGAGAAUCAGUGCUCAGCAAGCUUUAAAGCACCCAUGGUUUGAAACUUAGCCCAAUUAAGUACCUUAAAAUUUAUUAAAGACUAAACUAAAUUCGAUGAAAACUUUUACUUACUAGUCUAAACUUUAAAUGGCUACCAUUUAAUAUGUUGCUAGCCACUUACUUUCUCAAUAAGAAAAAGAAGAACUCUCAGACUUAUUCAUUCACUUAGAUACAAAUAAAGAUGGAAAACUUUCUAAAGAAGAGAUUUUCAAUGGUUAUAAAAACUUAUACGGAGAAGUAGAAGCCAGAUAAAUAUCUGAAAAAAUAUUCAGUGAAGUCGAUGUAGAUAAUAAUGGCUCAAUUGAUUACAAUGAAUUUUUAGCAUGCACUAUGUAAAAAAAAAAGCUUUUGAGUCAGGGCACUUUGAAAAGGGCUUUUGAUUUAUUUGAUAUUGACGGUGAUAAGUAAAUAACAGCUAAAGAAAUAAAAUCCGUUCUUUAAGAUAAUGCUAAUUCAUUUGAUACAGAAAUAUGGGAAUAAAUAAUCUAAGAAGUUGAUAAAGAUGGUAAUGGAGUGAUUGAUUUUAAUGAAUUUCAGCAAAUGAUGGACAGCAUUGUAUAAAAAUAGACUUAAAAUAAUAAAAAGUAAUCUAGUUUAACUCCAUUCUAAAUUAUCACUCGUUCUAGAUCUAAGUUAGAUGUUAUUUAAGAAGAAGAUGACAGUAGUUCAGAAUAAAAUGAAGUCAAAUAAGAAUCUAAAGCUACUCUCAAAGAACCUCCUACUUUACAAAGUGCAAAAAAAAGUUCAUCAAAAAAAGAAAUAAGAAACGAGUAAAAUAGCAAAUAACUGGAUGAAUAUGAGGUAAGUCCAAGAAAAUAACUAAAAAAGAAAUGA